AUGCGCCGGUCAAGCGUCAAGGCACUACAUGCGAUGCGGUCGGAGAUCAAGGUGCGGAUGCUGCAGCGGAAUGUGGUGAACAGAACAAGACUGCGUCAGACGGAGUUAAGCAACUGCCGCAAGGAGUCAGACGAGAACAGCCGCAGCGAGGUGUCGGACGCAUACGCCUUUGUUGGCGCGGAGUUUCAGUGCGAUGUGUGUGACCCUGCUGUGCAGGAUUUUCUCCUAGCGCUGGAGGAGGAGAUACGGAACGAGCAGCUGGUGUCACUCUUCGACGAGAGCCAAGAGGCGGACUGGGAGGCGUACUACUCUCACCUCACCCAGUCAUAA